GCUGGAAGUGUCAUCGCAAAUCUAACCCUGUCAUUCGAUACGCUUUCGUACGACGUCAUACUCUUGAUAGAAGAAGUUUUAUUUACCAAUAAGUCUCUGGGAAACAUGGCGAUCGAGUGUGAGGCAAUUCGCUUUGUGAAUGGUAUGAAAUGAUUUGAACAGACUUACAGUUCGAAAAAGAACUGUGUCAAAUUAACGAUUGGUUGAUUAAUGAUAUACGUAUCAGUAUUGGUCAGUUUAUUAUGUGAUAGCGUUUGCUACAAGAUUGGCCUCAAAUGGUUUAUUUUCUUAAAACAGGGUAUUUUGAGACGCAAUAAGAACAAGAUUGUCCUCCUAAUAAUUUUUUUUAACUAGAUGUAUUUUUCGUUCCACCCUGAGGCUGACGCAUCCUGGCUACCAAUAGGUGCAUUAAGAUUACUACUUAACAUAGUCACGUGCGAGGAACGCGUGAGUGGAGCCCCAUAUCUAAGGAAAUAAGGCUCCUUUCCUGCGGAGAAAAUGUUUCUUUUCGUGUGAAAACUGUUCUUUUGUAAUUUCCAUCAGUGACAAGUUAUACCACGAGUACAACACCGUGAAAAAGCAUAGCAAUGAAAAUAUAGAACAAUGAAAAUGUGGAGCAAACGGUGGUAAUAAACAAUGUGGUCCAAUGCAUGUUUAAGGAAAAUUGAAUUUCCGUAUGACAAACAACCUAGAUUUCGUAACCUAACCUACACGAUGUUCUGAAAAAGUGUUUAUAUCUGAAAAUUAAUUUUAAAAAAGCUUUUCCCUUUUAGUUCCAGACGGAAGCGUCAGAAUCAUUGAUGCACAUGCUCCAAAUAGCACCUGUGUAAGUGUGACCUGGACCGGAUUGCCUGAGGAAGAAUCUCAGGGAACACUACAAGGCUAUAAGAUUCUUUACAAGGCGACCAGUGUUGAGUCGCCCUACAAGGCAUUCGUCACGUAUGGUGCUGUUACGAGUGUUUUGAUUAAGGACCUGAGGCCAAGCACGCAAUACAUCCUUAUGGUCUUUGCCUUCAAUGUGUAUGGCGAUGGGCGCCAUAGUCAACCAGUCAACGUCACGACACAAGGUAACAGUGCCUUGAUGUUUACGGGACGAGGGAGCUUCGUGUAUCAAGCUGCGUGGAACCUUUGGGGAUGGGGAAGGGGAGUCAUUUCUAUAAUAAUUCCUUCCUUCUUUUUUAUGUUUCUCCAACCUUAGCUUCGAAUUAAAUUAACAGAUCGAAUAACAGUAAUAGAGAUUUCUUGGCAGUAAUGGGCUACCAGAUGACAAAUUGAUCUUUAUAAAAGAGAGGAGGGAAAAUGGAACUCUAACAUACAUCCAAAGUAAUUGACACGUUUCCUGUUCAAAUAGUGAUUCUCAAGAGAUUAAAUUGAUAUUCAAUGUGGACUUAUCUUUUGUGAUGAAAGACUUCAUACAUACACUCCAAGUCAUUUAUUGUGAUAAUAUAUAUAUUUCACUUUUCUUUUUUCCUGAAAUUCCUUGAAAGUUUUGUCUUUUCCAUUUUUUCUGCGAAGAGCAACGCCUUGAAGUCUAUGGUCACAACAUAAGCAGCAAUGCUAUAAAAGUCUUUUGGAACUCGGUAUCCCUCGACUUUCUUGGCUUUAUCGUAAGGUAUUGGGCAAUAACUGAUGGCGAAGUCACAGCUGUUUUAAGGCAAGUCUCCAAGACAACGAACAGUAUUCAGCUUGAGCACCUGGAGGCAUUUACAGUGUAUGUGGUGCAAGUAAAAGUUGUCGGGAUGAAUGACACUGCAGGUCACAUUUGGGGACAGGCAAAGAUUUCAACAGAUGAAGCAGGUAUGCUUAUGUAUACAAACGGUAUCUGGAGUUUGCCCGAUAGCAAGUUCGCCCCUACCUCGAAAAUUUCACCCCAUGCAAUAUAAAAUGGACCACGCCACCUGCAUUAAAAGGAGCACGUACUUUCGUAUAGAAGUUAGGGGAAAUCUUCUUUGGGUAAAUUGGUAAACGGAGGGCAAAACCUGUAAUAAUUGAUAUAUUAACAUUAUACCUUUUAUCUUUACUUGAACACAAUAAAUAUCAACUAAAACGGUUACCACAGUUUUAAGACAAGAACGAAAUUAAAGACUGAAGAGAACUAGUUAUCAAGCCUCUUACAUCGAAGAAGCCGACAGGGGCCCACAAAGGCCAACAAGUCACAAUGUUUUAAAACAAAAUGGUAAAUUACUAUAAUUAAUACCAGUAUCUGCACAAAAAAAAAGUGUUCCAAAAGUCUUAAAUUUUCCAUAAUAAGCUAGUUGGGUUUUUCUUUUCAGUUCCUUCUGCUGGUCCAAAAAUAACUGCGGUGCAUAACACAAGUUCCACGUCAAUAUUUAUAAAGUGGGAACCGAUACCCAAAGACAAAAUUCGGGGAAUUCUUUUAGGAUACAAACUUGUGUUUGCUGAGGCGGGAUCACAACGCCCAACAUUUUUAACGGCAAGUUCAAACGCCACUUCUGCCGAAGCAAUUGACCUAGAAAAGUUCUCUAUAUAUGUGAUUGUUAUACAAGGAUAUACAAGGAGGGGGACUGGACUUGCCUCUAAUGUGCAGUCUAUCACAGGCGAAGACGGUAAAUCGAUUUUUUUUUUUUAGAUAUUACAAUAGUACUAGCAUUUCUCCUAUCUUUUAAACUUUACUUAAGUUGAAUCUAUUUACCAUUGUCGUCAUGGUAAUCUGAUAAAUUAACGUUAACGUUUGGGAUAUCCAGAUAAUCAUUUGCCGUUUACUUUUUCGUUUCCCAGUUCCGAGCCGCCCGCCAGGAAAUGUAGCCGCCUUUGCUAAUGGCACGGGAGUUAUACGAGUGACCUGGAUACCAGUAGAGGCAGAGUUUGUUCAUGGCAUUCUGCGGGGUUAUAAGGUUCGCUUCAAAGAGCUUGCGCAAACGAGUGCUCUUGAUUGGAUUACGGAAACUGUUGGCAGCAGCGGAAAUUAUAUCGAGCUCAGUGGGUUAAAGCCUCAAACAACAUAUGAAGUGCAAGUGUCAGCGUUUACUAUUAGAGAUGGAAAUUAUAGUGAGAGCGUAAUUGCCACCACAAAUAAAGAGCGUAAGUAAACGUCUCUAACCAUUAAAAACCUCUUUCGUAAAGAUUUCGAUGUGGCCACAAUAUUGACGUCGUUCGUAAACCACAAAAGUCCGUUUCACGAUAGAACAGUUGAGUAUUUUGGGGCACAAGCUGAAGUGUGGGUAAGUGAGUAAAUAAGUUUUCGUAAAAGAACUUUUAAGGUAAAAACAAGCAACCUUCCUUAAUUCAAGAAAACGCGAAUGACCUAGUUGCGUUUGGUUUUAGUCUUGAACCUGAUUGGUUGAGAAACUGGCGCGAGUUUUUUGGGCCAUGCGAAGUAUAGAAAACUAAAGAAAUCCCAUAAUACUUUUCGACACUCCUUUGAAAUUUACACCAAUGAAAUUUUUUAUUCCAUCGCUUUGAGCAGACGUUGACCAUCAUCAUUUUCAUCCUCAGCCCUCUCUCAUCCACAAAACGUGACAGCACAUUCAACAAGUCCCACAUCCAUAACAGUGAACUGGAACCGGGUAAUUGUGGCUGAGGUUAUAAAUGCGAGCUUGUGUUAUGUUGUCCGGUGGACAGAAGACGGAAACGGAGUUGAAAGGAAUGCCACUGCUAAUACCACCUCAUAUGUGAUUACAGACCUCAGAAUGGCAACUGAAUAUAACGUUUGUGUGGCUACUGUCCACAAUGCACUUAUCAGUGAAUUCAGCAGUAAAGUACUCGUCCGCACCCAAGAUCUGCAAGGUAAGCUGGAUAGAUGUUUAAAUCCAGUAGGCGUGAGGGGAAAAAAUGAAAUUACAUCCCAAACCUCGUUAAAAAAACGCGCAUUAGAACUAAGAAAAAUAUUAAGAGGAGCUGCAUAUAUAGUGCAACCCUCAACAUCCAACUGAGAUUUGCGUCAUCACCUUCGUUUCUUUCCUCUUUAGUACCCAGCUCUCCACCAGAAAACGUUUUCGUACGAACAACCAACCACUCAGACCUUCAAAUAACCUGGUCACGUGUCCCUUCCAAUGCCGCUCACAGCGUUGUAAUAGGUUAUCACGUGCGAGUGGCUCGAGAAAAUGGCAAAGAAAUCGCGAUUGCGACGUGCCCAUUUCGUGCGAACACAAGUUUGUCAAACCUGACUGUGUACCAGAAUUAUUGUGUUGCUGUGGCAGCAUUUAGCAGGAGGGGGAUUGGACCGGUAUCCCUGAGGAAGUGUGCUGUCGUGGACGAUGGAGGUAUUCCAACGUUUUUUUUAAUCUUUGUAUUUUCGAAUUUCUCUGUAUAAGCUUUAUUUUCUCCAGGGAAAUUUUACAAUAAUUAUUUACAUUUCUUUUAAGAUUACUGCAGAUUUCACAUGGUCAGAUAAGUUUGCCAUUCAAAAAUUGAAUUUGAUUUUUUCGAUGUUUCAAAAUUUCUCUUUGGUAGCUUUUAUCAAGAGCUAUUGGCUUCGGUGCGAAACACGAAAAAACAUUCAGUUUGAAGAGUUAGCAAAUCCACAUCAAAUUUCUUCGCUGUUUAGCUAUCUAAUCGUGUAUGCUUAAUUGUUGAAUUCUUACUUUUGCUUUUCAGCUAUUUGUCCCCCUCCCCAGAAGCUAAUUGUGAGAAACGUAACUGCUACCAAUGCUUCUCUUAAAUUGGUUUACGACGGAGCAUGCGUUAAUGCUAGCUUUGUCACUGGCUAUAGAGUGACGUACUCGAGCAGUGCGAACCGCUGGCAGCUGGAGAUCCCGGAUGCGAGGUCUACUUCCGUAUUUCUUCAAAAUCUAACGCCAAACACAACAUACCAAGUUGAAAUAAUGGUGUUAACUUUAAAUGGCAAAGACAGUGUUCCUUCUGAGCCUAUGCAGUUCAUCACAAAAAAAAUCAGUGAGUAG